CGCUGCGCGUUACGGUGCGCAUCUUCAUUCCUGGACGCAGGAGGAAAAGGUGCGCGUAAAAUCCGUCCCCCUGCGUGGAGACGGUUCUUCCGCUCACACACGCGUAUCUGAUUCAAGCGACUUCGACUCUGCUGUGCCGCAGCAUCGGAUUUCCCUCCGCAGCUUUAACGGGGUUCAAUUCAGUGCGCAACAACUGCAGGAGAACAAACAAGUUCAGUUUAUUGCUGAUACGAGACUGUUGGAGACAUCUGAGACUGGAGUGCUGGACACAUUGUGGUCUGAUGGUUAUGGAUUCAGACAGAACAUCUGCAUGGCUUUAUUAAAUGUUGGCUAAGGGAGUUUUGAAGCCCUUUCCUUCCAUAUGAAGCUCUUUUUGUUCCCAGAUGAUGGGCGGCGGACACGCGUCAAGGACUUUCACACCUGAUUGCGCCGACACAUGAAAAGAAGCAACAUGUUUUCUCUGAUGAAAUCUCGGAGAGCAGCGGACAGCUGCGGGGCAAUGGGCAACAGAAAUAGGACAAAAUCCCCACAUCGCUCCAAACCAAUCAAAAUUUACUUCACUUUUAUUUUGCUCCUGCUCGUUUUUACCCCGAGGGUGGAUUCAUCGUGGUGGUACAUCGGAGCCCUGGGCGCCCGGGUGAUCUGCGACAACAUCCCCGGCCUGGUGAACAAGCAGCGGCAGCUUUGCCAGCGGCACCCGGACCUCAUGCAGUCCAUCGGCGAGGGAGCCAAAGAGUGGAUCAAGGAGUGCCAGCACCAGUUCAGGCACCACCGCUGGAACUGCAGCACGCUGGACCGGGACCACACUGUGUUUGGCAGGGUGAUGCUGAGAAGCAGCCGCGAGGCGGCGUUCGUGUACGCCAUCUCUUCGGCGGGAGUGGUCUACGCCAUUACCAGGGCCUGCAGUCAGGGGGAGCUGAAGAUCUGCAACUGCGACGGCCACAAGCGAGGGCGAGCCAGCGACCACAGGGGCAAUUUCGACUGGGGGGGAUGCAGCGACAACAUCAACUACGGCACCAAAUUCGCCAAGGCGUUCAUCGACGCCCGAGAGAGGAUGGUGAAAGACGCCCGGGCGCUGAUGAACCUGCACAACAACCGGUGCGGACGGAUGGCAGUGAAGCGCUUUAUGAAGCUGGAGUGCAAGUGUCACGGGGUCAGCGGCUCCUGUUCUCUAAGGACCUGCUGGGCUGCGAUGUCCGACUUCAGGCGGACGGGCGACUACCUGCGCAAGAAGUACAACGCGGCCAUCGAGGUGACCAUGAACCAGGACGGGACGGGCUUCACGGUGGCCGACGGGGACUUCAAGGGGAGCACCAAGAACGAGUUGGUGUAUGUCGAGAACUCGCCGGAUUACUGUCUCACCGACCGCUCAGCAGGCUCCUUGGGCACAGCAGGCCGAGUGUGCAACAGGUCCUCCAGAGGCACCGACGGCUGCGAGGUCAUGUGCUGUGGGCGGGGCUACGACACCAUGCGCGUCAAACGCGUCACCAAGUGCGAGUGCAAGUUCAAGUGGUGCUGCGCCGUGGAAUGCAGCCACUGCGAGGACCUGGUGGACGUUCACACCUGCAAGCCCCACAAGAGGCCCGAUUGGCUGGACACCACCUAAUGAGAAGCCCCGACCAAUCACAAGUCCCCACGGGCGGACCCAAUAGCCUGCUCGCUAAUGACUGCAUUUUAUUAUGGGAUAUAUAAUUGGGAUCUCGUAACUGAUCCGGUGACACUUUGUGAAGCAGAGACUCGACAGACUUUGAUGCUAAACUGGAAAUUAGGCCCAGUGACUGAUUGUGUGCUGCUUUAACAAGGGUUUCUAAGGGUUUGUGAAGCUCUUUCAAGAUACACGUUGAAUCUUUGAUGCAAAACGGCUGAUUAUAUUGUAUUGUUCUUUUGUAAGCGUUUGAAGCAGCGAUAUGAUGUGAUGUCGGCUUGUUUAAUAGUAUUUUAAGACGGUGUGAGAACAUAUCCUGCUCAUUACGAUCACAUUCACAGUAAUAUUUAGCCUGAAGAGAGAGACAUAAACAAAGAAAGAUGAUAACGAAAGAUCAAAAUAUAGAAAGAUAUAUUGUAAGAAUAUUGACAUUGUAUCAUUUCAAAUUAUAUCAUUGUGCAGCACAAAUCAUUUAAAAUACAAAAAUGCAAUUGCUGCUAAUCUGCGCGACUAGAACAAACCAGCAAAAAGUCGGAGGGCGCUUGUGAAAAGUUUGCACGGGGAACCGGAAGGAGUCGGGAACAGAAGAGCGAGCGAGCACGUUGACUUUUCAUUCCCAGGUGAGCGGAUCGGGAGCCUGUUCCCAGGAGAGGGAACCGUAAGGACUCUGGAGUGGUGACCGAAAGCGUUAACAGUGUCCCACGUGUUCUGUCUGCUUCCCACCCAAAGCAUUGUGGCUGAACGUUAUCAUUUCUACCUCUGAGUCUUCCUUACAGUUUUUUUUUUUUGUUCUCGCCCUGUACGAUUCCGACAGCACUGAGCAAUUGUCCUAAACACUCAGAGAGACGUAACAAUGUAACGUUGUCUGCUUAAAAGGUUGUGUAACCCAAUCAAAAACAUGCACCGUGCAUGGAGGUCACCGCGUGAACUCCUUUAUUUACCAGACGACGUCAUGCAGAAGGAUAUUUUUGAUUUCGUGACAGUACAAAGCUGCCGAUCGUUUUCCAAACUGCUGGGCAGUGAUUUGGAAUCUGAAGUCCAAACCCAGCUGGAUCUUAUAUCAUCAAUAGUAGGGCUGUAACGGUAUACACGUAUCAGGGUACAUUCUGGUGUUAAAAUGUACUGUUUUCACACCAUGAACAUUUUGCUGUGUGUGGUAUGAACUGACAUCAGUGAGCUUGUUUGUGUGUUAAACGCUGCUCCGCACCUGCAUUAUUAAAUAGUGUAUUACACAGGUAAAUGUUAAUAAUCACAGGACAUUAUUUUAAAGGUUUGUUGCUAUAGUGUAAACUCCUGUAAUACAACAUUGUAGUUUCAUUCUAUUUUCUAAAUCAGGUUUUUGAUUUUGCUAUUCGGUUUUCAUUCCUUUAAGGAGGACUGUUACUACUACUACUAUUACUACUACUACCAACACUACUACUGCUAAUGAAAAUAAUAAUGCUCCAUAUCGCUGUAGCUUAAUGCAACAGUAUUUUCAAGGACAACGUAAAGAUCUCACGCUGUUACAACCUAAUCGGUACCUUUAAUAAGAUGCUCACCAAAGCAGCGGUUUUUGAUCUGAACACCUGGUUAGACAUCAAACAUGAAAGCCCAUGUCUUCUUUCCAUAAUUUACCUACUUCUAAAUGAUAGUUUUCAUCACUUUGAUGGCAGUGAGCUCCAGAAUGCUGCGGAGAGGUUUGAAAAUGUUACUUUAUUCAAAGUAUUCAUGAGCUGGUGAGCUGAAACUUUAAGAGGUAUAAAAAGGAAUCGUUAACACAACACCACCAGCGCUGUGUGUCUCCCGGAGGUUUAUGCUGCUGAUAAUGUCGAACACUAUUCCCUUCAAAAUAAAAGGCUUCAGAAUGUGCAUAACGACA